AGAGAAAGCAUGGCCGCCAGCUACAAUUUCAUCUCGUUGUUGUUGUUUAAUUGGAAGAUAAUUAUGUAGUACUGGAAAAUUGAAGGCGUUUUUGACAGUGAAAAUACAUUUCAGACGAAUAUUGUUAUGUGCUGAUCAAUUUUAGCUAUGAACUGUAUUUCUUUAUUAGAGCAGAGGGUUGAGUUGUCGUGCUGAUUCAGCCUUUCUGUCGUAACUUGGGAACAAAUACAGAGGCUGGAGACGGGCGGCUGGAGACCACUACUUCAGGAAUAAGAAUGAAGAACCUGUUGAUUGGAAUGUUUGAAAUCUGCAAAUAAUUGUGUUUUUUUCGGUAAAUUAUAUGCUGUGAUACUGUAUUUAUAGUUGAGAGAUUGCAAUUCAGUUGUACGAUUUAUUUUCGCACCAUUGGAUUAUCAUGUGAAGGCGGACAUUUGUUGAGUUCACUGUAUUUUAUCACAUGUCAUGGCGGAAAGUCAGCAUGCAGCUGCCUUACUUGUGGUUGGAGAAGAUGGAAGUGUGAAUGGGACUAAUGGAGAGGCACUUUCAGCAGCGCUGAAUGACCACACAAACCAACAUGACACGAAUGAGAACUGUGCUCAAGAGAAUGGAGAAGACGACGGACCAACGAUUGACAUUAUUAUUAACAAUGUGGUGGCAAGUUACAGUACUCGAUGUCAUCUCGACUUGAGACGCAUUGCUAUGGACGGGAAACAUGUUGAAUACAAGCGAGAAUAUGGUAUGUGCAAUAUGAAAAUCAGACGACCAUACACAACAGCCACUAUUUGGUCCUCUGGGAAAAUAACAUGCACAGGUGCCACAAGUGAAGAGGCAUCAAAGAUUGCUGCAAGGAGGUUUGCUCGACAAUUACAGAGGAUGGGAUUCAAAGUGAAAUUUUCCAACUUCAGGGUUGUCAAUGUCCUUGGAACCUGCAUACUUCCUUUUAAAAUCAAAAUCACAAGUUUUUCCAGAAAACAUUCUGAACAUGCAAGCUAUGAACCAGAGCUGCAUCCAGGUGUCACAUAUAAGAUCAAGGAACCUAAAGCCACCCUGAAAAUAUUCUCAACAGGCAGUAUAACUGUGACAGCACCCUGUGUAGCCAAUGUACAGUCAGCAAUAGAACAUAUAUUCCCACUGGUGCUGGAAUUUC